GCCCGCGCCGUCGCCGCCUCUCGCUCGCCGCCACGGCUGCCGCGGAGCGCACCGACUCGCCCGCGAAACUUUGUCCGAAGUCGACGGGCGCGGACGUACGUCGUGUAUUAAUAGCCACCGCGACCGUCCACCGCAACCGAGGGCGGCCCGCAUGCCACGAGUCGCAACACGACUGUGAUCCCGGGUGCACGCAUCGCACCCCUCGUUCGUAAACACAACGCGUUUCGGGCGCACCGACGAAAACGGCUCUCACCCGAUCGUCGGUUACGAAAAAUAAAAUAAAAUGAGACGAGCCGAAAGCGAGAGUAACGUGCGUACGUCCGUCGCGUAAAUACGCCGUCCACAAAAAGUUCGGCCGUCAGUGAAACUAGUGAAAAGUUUUUUCGCCGCGAACGGGGCAGCCACCCCCGACGCCGGAAAAAUCGGCCCCUCACCUCGCGUCCCACACCCGCCGUCACCGAACUUUUCAUUCACCGGGGAAAAAAGUGUGGCAAGGCCGCCCGUGACGUCACCGCUUUAAGUGGCCACGCGCCCGUUCCCUAGCAACGAGCUGUCAUCUCGUCAACCCUCCUUGCGAAACUUAUACAAGAUAAUCCACUUAAUGUUUAACUAUGACGCGAUGAUGAAGAUGUUACGCGGGGACACUAUUACAGAGCGAUGAGUUUCUUUAAAAAGCAGUGUGUGUUGUGAUGUAGCAAUCGUUUGUAAAAAGUUGACUCUAUGUGUAGCACACAGCGCGCACGGGUGUCUAGGAUGCACCUGACGGGUGCUAACAGCGGCGCCGUGUCGCCAGACACGAGCUCUACGCUGCUCCACGAAACCUACACUAAGAUGACGUCUGAUAUCCUAGCUGAGAGAACGUUGGGUGAUUUUUUAUCAGAGCACCCUGGCGAACUAGUCAGGACCGGUAGCCCUCACUUCGUCUGUACAGUAUUACCGCCGCAUUGGCGGUCAAACAAGACUUUGCCUGUGGCGUUCAAGGUGGUGGCGCUAGGAGACAUCGGCGACGGCACGCUGGUCACAGUUCGCGCUGGCAACGACGAAAAUUGUUGUGCAGAGUUAAGGAACAGUUCGGCAGUGAUGAAGAAUCAAGUCGCCAAGUUCAAUGAUUUGAGGUUCGUCGGCCGCAGCGGUCGCGGUAAAUCAUUCACCUUGACGAUUACGGUUUCCACUACCCCACCUCAAGUGACGACGUACAACAAAGCCAUCAAGGUGACGGUUGACGGACCGAGGGAGCCACGUUCAAAGACCAUGCUGUCUCUCCUAGGGCAGCAGCAGCAGUUCCACUUCGCCUUCGGCCAGCGUCCGUUUCCCUUCCCGCCGGAUCCACUCGGCGGGUUCAGAAUGCCACCGAUCACAACUUGUCAGAACAUGAGUCAGUUUGGGUUGAGUUCGAGCAACACCCACUGGGGCUAUGGUGGUGCGAGCGCGUACCCAGCCUACCUGCCAUCAUGUGCGGCACCAGCGGCAUCUCAAUUCAACCCUCCGGCCUUAGGCUUCGCGGGAACUGUUCCCGAUCAAACCGCAACCCAAGAUUUUACGGCUAAUAAUACAGUUCUACCUGACACGACCGGAGUGGACUUAGAUCAGCAGCUUUCCGGCUUAGUCGGGUCAUCACCUUCGCAUCACGGCACUUUACUGCCUCGCUACAACAACAACGCCGACUACAGUCUCUCUACUGGACCGAGGUCGUUGAGCGAUAACAGCUCGCAACCCGAAUCGCCGGUUCAAGACGACCUGCUCACCUCAAACACGACGAACAUCGGCCACAAUCACUCGAACACUUCAAACUUCCCCUCGCUAAUGGGAUCCCAAAACUCGUCGUACGGGAGCAGUAAUUGCAACAAUUCCCUCUAUCCGGUCCUCCCUGCGAGUUUGCUGUACAGCCAAUUGUAUACGGCGGCGAACCAAACGCACAAUUUUCACCCGCUUCACUCAAAUUCGAUUCACUCGACCCAAAACCAUCAUAACGAAUUACAGACGAUGAUGGAUCAGAUCUCGUCGACGACAAACAAUCAUAGGCAGCACGGAAACCAGGAUUUGUUGUUAGGGGGAAGUAGUUCGUGUGCGGCGGCGGCGGCAAGAGGAGAAGACGGUAGAGUUAACAAUCUAGGACAGCGCGGUAACCCUCAACCUGACAGCAACACAGUGUGGCGACCCUACUAAAAGCAGAUUGACACUUCUUUCUUUUAUUAAGACUAUGACUGACACGUAAAGUAGUGCCCCGGGAACUUAGUAGUGAAGCACUUUAAAUGUUUUACAUUUUUAUAGCCGAAGAAAGAAGCUGUCAUUUAAAAUUGCAACGAAACAAAUUUACGACUUAAGUGUAAUUAAGUGUAAAUGUGCGAAAAAUCGAGUAGUGAAAUUUUACGUGACGUAAUUAGAAGUUCACACCCGUCCGAAGAUAUAUACGAGUUUUGUAACUAUGAAAUUAAUGUUAUUUUACGUUUCAAUUUACUUAUAGGACUGUUCAAAGAUAACGUUGUUUUGUGUUUUCAGCGGUAACAAUAACAGUUUUGAACGUCCAACCGUUUAUUUGUUUUGGCAAUUACAAUUUGUAAAUACGUAUUUGUGAAUAAAAAAUGUAAAAAUGCAUCUUGUAAAGUGCAAUAGAUGUGCAAUUAACGAAGUUGAGUAGAUGUAUACUGAAUUAAAUUAGUUUGUAAGUAACUUUUAAUCUGUUGUUUAAUGUAUAAAAUUUUCUUAUUAUAUAGCUAGAUAAAACUUAAUUUACUCAUAAAUACGGAUUGAGUUUUAAAAAUUAAAAUAUGGAAAAGAUUGUUUUAAAAAACAUUAUAAAUUAUGUAUUUGCGGUUCGUGAAGUUUUUCUGUAACGAAUUAUAUUUCUUAUUUUUAUUGAUUCUAUUAUGUGAACGAAAAGUUUUGUUCCGACUUGAAAUAUUUUGAUGAAAAUAGUUUUAUCCGUGCAUAUUAUUACAGCUUGUUAAUUUAUUUAUUUAACAUUAAUAUUUUAACGUUGUAAGCAACCAUUGUUUUACUUUAUAAUUUAAGCGGUAGCCUGUUUUCAAGAAAUUCAUUAACCCAAAGUCUCAGCUUCGUGGUCUAUAUAAUAAUAGCAAUAUAUCCGCCCAUAAUAAUAUAUAGACACAACAUCUUGACUCCUUAAAUAUAAACGUUUUUGUAGCUCUCGUAAAUGGUUGCGAAGUACCCACUAUUGCAAAUUCAAAUGAUUAUUAACGGAGUCACACAAAUCGCAAAUAGUAAUAGAAUCUAAAAUGAAAAUUCACUGUGUUACAACCACAUUACUAAAAGAAACUUUUUGGAAAUAGAAUAUCGAUCGGGUAAAGUAUUUGAAUGGCAAAUUGUGCUUCCAGAGAUUUUCGAUAGGUAUUAUAUAAAAAAGCAAAUGAUAUUAUUUCAUAAAAAAUAUGUUUCAUAUUCUGUUUUAUUUUGUCUCUAGCGUAAGUAGAUAUUCGUGCAAUAUUGUUUGAGACUUGGAUCGGUAUUCAAUAACGUUUUUUUAUUAUACUUGAACUUGCAUAGCAAUUUAUUUGAGGGACAGCUUGUUAUAAAUUUUGUUAGUUAAAUGUAGACGAAUUUUUUGAUCAAAUAAAAUCUACAAACUGUA